AUGUCGUCACGUGAUGUAUUACUAACACUUGAUACAGUCCUUUGUUGGGCGCGUUCUGGUCAUGAAUCAGAUAAAGUUUAUCGUUUUAUAUUUCUUCAUCCUGAAGAUUUAUUUACGAUUCCAAAAGGACGUACAAGUGAUGGAAAAACAUAUGAACGUGCUGCUAUUAAACAAUAUCUUCUUGAUAAUCGUUUUUCACCAGAAACAGGUGAACAAAUGAACGAUGAAUUUAUUGAUGAUAUUACAACUAGAGAUCUCAUAAGUAAAUUUCGACAACAAAAAUUACUUUCAUAA